GAUUCCCAAGUAUCAAGCCUUGUCUUAAUUUUAAUGAGAUUUUUUCAUUUUUGCUUAAUUUAGAUUGUAUUUGUCUGCAUAAUUAAUUUUUAUAAUUGUUUCACUUUAAUUAAAGUGAUUGUAUUAUUUGGUAAACAUGACCGCACGAACAUCUUCACAGCCACUACCUGCAAAGGAAAACGCCUUAUUUAAAAAGAUAUUAAAGUGUUAUGAGCAUAAACAGUAUAAGAAUGGAUUAAAAUUUGCCAAACAAAUUCUUUCUAACCCUAAAUUUUCAGAACAUGGAGAAACGCUUGCCAUGAAAGGACUAACCUUGAAUUGCUUGGGACGAAAAGAAGCGGCUUACGAGUAUGUGAGACGAGGUUUAAGGAAUGAUCUUAAAUCUCACGUUUGUUGGCACGUUUAUGGUCUACUUCAGAGAAGUGACCAUAAAUACGAUGAAGCUAUAAAGUGUUAUCGAAAUGCAUUGAAAUGGGAUAAAGACAAUAUCCAGAUUUUGCGAGAUCUUAGUCUUUUACAAAUUCAGAUGAGAGAUAUAGAAGGUUAUCGUGAUACACGAUCUCAGCUAUUGCAUCUUCGACCAACACAAAGAGCAUCAUGGAUUGGAUAUGCUAUGGCCUAUCAUUUGCUAGGUGACUACGAGAUAGCUGCAAAUAUCUUGGAAGAGUUCAGAAAGACCACGGCAAAUGCUCAAAAUAAAGGAGCGCACCGAACCAAUAACUCUAAAACCACAGUUGACUAUGAACAAUCAGAACUAAUUCUUUACCAAGUUAUGGUAUAUAAAGAAGGAGGAUUCUAUGAUGAAGCCUUGGAACAUUUAAACAAGUAUGGAGAUAAUGAAGUUUGUGAUAAACUAGCCGUCCAUGAGUAUAAAGCUGAGCUGCUCUUAAAAUUGAAGAAAAGUACGGAAGCCGCCAAAAUUUUACGAGAGAAUUUAAUUGCUCGCAAUCCUGAAAACACUAGUUAUUAUAAGCAAUUAGAAGUAGCAUUAGGACUAAGUGAGGCUGAUAUUGGCGAUACUAAUAAUAACAAAAACGAAACCAAUCAUGGCGAGGAUCAUAUUGGCAAGAGUAACCUUAGCAGUAAUGGUAAUACUGCUAUUGAUUGUUCUGAUGUUUUUAGAAACGAUCAUGAGGAAGCCAAAUUAAAACUUUACCAGGAGUUUCAAGAAUUGUAUCCCAAAGCUCAAAUGCCAUUCAGAAUGCCAUUAACCUUUAUCAUGGAUGAAGCUAAAUUCGAAAAACAUGCUGAAUCCUACAUUAAGAAAAGCUUGAGGAAAGGACAGCCAGCUUUAUUCAGAGAUUUGAAGAGCUUAUAUGCUUUACCAAAGAAGUGUUCGUUUUCAAGUGGAGGCGAUUUUGGUGCAAAAUCUCAAUCAAUUUCUUUCACCUCAUCUUCACCACCCUCUUCAUUAUUUACAAACAAAUAUUUACAGCAACCAUUAUUCAAAAGACAAGUUAUCGAAAAACUCUUUCUUAAAUAUCAUGAUAAUCUCUUAAAUCAUGGUUACUUCGAAUCUGCCGAUUCAAGUGAUGGUCUAGAGGAUGCAACAACCAUUCUAUGGGUUGACUACUAUUUAGCUCAACAUUUUGAUUACUUAGGAAAUUAUGAGGAGGCGUUGAAAUUCAUCAAUGAAGCCCUUAGUCAUACUCCAACAUUAAUAGAGCUUUAUGUGUUGAAGGGUAAAAUUUACAAACACGCAGGUAACAUUGAAGAGGCAGUAUUCUGCAUAGAGGAAGCUCAAAGUUUGGAUACAGCUGAUCGUUAUCUCAACUCGAAAUGUGCAAAAUAUUUACUGAGAGCUAACCGUAUUCGUGAAGCUGAGGAGAUGUGUUCAAAGUUUACCCGUGAAGGGGUAAGUGCUAGUGAUAAUCUGAACGAAAUGCAGUGCAUGUGGUAUCAGAAUGAAGCAGCGCAAGCUUACCAGAGACUUGGUAAAUGGGGCGAUUCACUAAAAAAGUGUAUUGAAAUUGACAGACAUUUUGCCGAGAUAACCGAAGAUCAAUUUGAUUUCCAUACUUAUUGUAUGAGAAAAAUGACUCUUCGAUCCUACAUGGGGCUUUUAAGAUUGGAAGAUGUCCUGAAAAACCAUAAAUUCUACUUCGAUGCUGCCAAAACUGCAAUUGAAGUCUAUCUUAGACUAUAUGACGAACCGCUCGGAGAUGAAGAAAUUGGAGAAAACAUAAAUCCUCAGGGAGUAAGUGCCUCUGAAUUUAAAAAGAUGAUGAGUAAACAGAGAAAAGCAAAGAAAAAAGCUGAAGCUAAGAAGGAGCAAGGACCAGUCUCAGCAUCAUCUGCAACAUUAUCAUCCAGUGUAACUACGACAACUACGGCAUCACCUUUGUCCACUGCUACAACUGUCAACUCGGGAAAUCCCCACUUGUUGAAUUCAAGUGAAACUAAUUCUCAUCAUCAAAAUCCUGGACAACCGAACCAUUCUCACCCCCUGAAUUCAAAUUCUUCUGGCUCUCUGCCAAAUUCAGGUGAAAAGUCUGAUGGAAACAGCUCAAUAGCAGCCAACUCGGGCAAAGAGACUACUGGGAGUGAAAUGUUCAACGAGAAGUUAAUUCCAAGUAAAUUGGAGCGACCAGAGAACCCCUUAGAAGAAGCUAUCAAGUUCCUGAAACCAUUACAAUUAUUGGUUAAAAAUAACAUAUCUACACAUUUGAUGGCUUUUGAAAUUUAUUACAGAAAAGAAAAGGUGAUGUUAAUGCUUCAAAGCUUGAAAAGAGCUAUUAAUUUAAACCCGAAUCAUCCAAUUGUACAUAAACAGAUAGCUUUGUUCAAUGAUUUUGUUGAAAAAAAUCAAGAGAAGCAUAGUCAAUCAAUAAGGGAAGUUCUUAAAUUGGAAAUGAACAGAAUAUUGAAUGUAAAUCUCUAGCCCUAAUAAAUCUCUAAAAAUAAGUAAUUUACUUCGUUUUGCACCUUUGCGACCAA